AAUAAAAAUCAUACCAUAUAUUGUAAAACACGUUAGUGCUGACUAAAUAGUUCCAGCUUUAAAAUGUUGCAAGAGGAGGCGAGUAAUCAUUUAUCCCAAAUUUAUUUAUAUAACAUGCUAUGCAAUAGCAGAAGGAAGGCUUACAGAGUUCUUUAUGGUGUGAUGGAAUUGUUAAAAUUUGUUUCUUCUAUAAGCUACUCAGCAGGGCUUUUGUAAUUUACUAUCUUAUAAAAGAAACAUGUUGUAUAUAAGUCUGUUUUAAUUAAGCUCUGAAGAAGCCAACGGGAUAAUUGGGUUAAUAAAUAAAAUAAAAUAAAAUAAUUUAUUGCCCAAACAUGUAUAAACAACGCAUUUAAGGUUGUCAGUAUGAGUUUGAGUAUGUUACACACAUACAAUGUAUGUAACAAACAGCUUUCUUCUCUUAAAAUGUGUUUGAUAGCUUUUUUUUAAUUCUGAAGGGGAACAAUUGUUUUUGAGAGUUGCCGGUAUUUUGUUUAAUACCAAUGAAGUUAAUGAACCAUUCAACCUGUAGACACCUAAUUUUUGAGAUUUUGUUUUUUAAAAAUUUUCCUAUUGUCUUGUCUAUGUAUGUAAUUAUUUUAAAUUGUUCGUGUUCUGUAUUAGGUUUCGGAUAAAUAGAGUUUACUGUUUUCUGGAGUUGUUUUUUAUUUAUAAUUUUAUCGAUAAUGGACGGAUUGUAGCCGUUGUUCAGGGCAAUUGCUUUAAUGAUAUUAAGUUCUUUGUUGUAAUUUUAUAUUGAGAGGGGCGUAUUAAGAAGUCUGUGUAAAAAAGAGUGAAAUGCGUGUGUGUAAAAGGGUGAUUGAAGGGUGUGUGAAGGUUUAUGGUAAAUGGAAAAAUCUAAUUUGCUUUGCGUUUCCGUAAUAGUUAAUAUAGAAUUUUAUACGAUUGUGUAAUGAGUUAAUGUAAUUUAAAAAAUAAUUCAAUUGUCUGUCUGUGUUAAUUUUUUUAUUUUGCAUUGACAUACAUUCUGGUUGACAGAUAAAAAUUGAAGGGGGAGUUAGUAUUUUCAUUUUCUUAAAUAGUGGCUUACAGUGAUCUUUAUUUCGCGUAACGCAAAGUUCGAACAAUCUUUUUUUGAAUUUUAAAGAUUCUAUCUGCAUCUGGAGUGUCUCCCCACAAUCACGUUAACGAAGUUACUGAAAUGAGACAUUAAAGCCGUCUCAAAAGUUGAAUAAGUUUUCGAAUUUGAAACAUAACUUUGUUUAAUCUCCCGGCCAGCAUAUCUAUAUGCACGUGCCAGUUAAGCCCGCUAACACACUAACGUCAGGUGCACCUUAAUAAAAAAGGACAACCCCCGAUUUAUUUUCAUUCAAUUUAAGUCUAUUACGAGGUCUACCUUUUAUAUUUUGCGCUUUGUAAUAAAAAGCUACAAGCUACCAACAAAUAUCACUUUACUGUUUCUCAAAAUAUUCACCCCGAUGAUCACAACACUUUUGCAUUCGAUAAAACAAUCAUCAAAUCACUUUUCCCACAUCGCCAACUUUUGUGGGCUUUGUUACAUUCUGAAAGACCCACACAGUCCACUGUUGCUUACUUUCAGGUUCAUAUGUAGAGGUCCAUGAUUCAUCACCGCGAUCGUAUUUUUUUAUCACUUCCUUCGACCGAUUAACACGAGCGUUUUUUUAGCGGUCAAUGUUCAUGUAUGUAUGCUGGUCCCAUUAAUGCCCAAAGAUACCUCAAUCUCAUGGUAAGUCACAUGACGAUCCUGCAAGAUCGGUUUCCGCGCCGCAUCAAUGUUUUGUUGGACAACCGCCGAUUUUGGACGACCUGCACGAAAUUCAUCCUUAAGAAAACUACGACUGAAAACCAGCGAUAAACAGUAGUCCAAGAUGGUCCUUUAACUCGGAAAGUCGAAUUAAGUUAAUCGAUGCACUGUUGUUGAGUUGAGUUUUUAAUUUAUCACAAAAAACGCAAACAACACUCUUUCGCCAAAACCUAACCUCGAAAUGUCCCCAUAAAAACGUUAGUCGCCAGAUGGCGAGACUAGUUUAAGAAACUCCUGAAAUAUGAAUACAAAUUAAGUAUUGUUGUGUCAUCUGUACAUAAAGAAACUAUAUGUGAUCUUAAGUAAUAAUAUAAGUAAUAAAUAUAAGGAAAAGAAUUGGACCUAGUAUUGAGCCUUGUGGCACCCCAAGCGAAACAUAUAGCAGGGUCCUGGCCAGAAGGCGACGCAUCCGUGAUACAAAUGAACGAAGCGACAGUGUAAAUUCAAAUUUCCUCGUUCGAUCUGCAACAACAACAAGAAGUUAGCUUCGACCAUAAGUUCCGGACGGACGUGGAACAACAGGCUGCCACCACCGACCAGGGCGAGUGUGGAUCUUUCGUCCUGCUUCAAUCCGACGUUCUCUCUCUUCCUGCGCCUUCAUCCCAGGCUCCCGUGAAACUCGCUGAGCCGGGGACAGUGCUCUCUCGCUGCCGAUCCCGUCUACUGGUCCGGGAAUAGUCGGGCGCCGGUAAUGUCCUAAUCUCUCGCGACGAUUUAUAUAUAGACGUCGCGGUAUUCCGGUGGACUACGAUAAGCGACGGGGAUUAGGGAGAUACUUUACCGGCCACAGUCAACCGUCCCGCUGUCAGCAUCGGUCGUCAUACGAUCCGACGUCAUCAAUAUCGCAGCAGGGAUGCGAGUUGCGUGGUUCCAAGGGUGGACCUGUUGACGUAUAGGAAUGGGCUGGCUGCUGGUUGUUGCCUUGGCACUCACCUUCGUCACGCUGAUGGGUGUCUCGCAAGGAGCUCUAGCUCAACCUCAAGCCGGCCUGCCUCAAAGCACGCCCUCCCCGAUCCCGGGACUCCCGGGAGGAGGCAUGGGGGGCAUCAAGCGCACUUUCGGAGGUUGGAGGGAGUGGCGCAGGGCGGACCCCACCCUCAUCAACAGUUUGCUGAGAAGCAGGAUGGGCAACGGCAUCAGGAAACAACUGGGCAACGCCGAGGUCUACAUUAUCUUGGCGCUGCUCAUUGGUGUGGUCACUGUCGUCAUCGGCUGCUGGUUAUCGGACAACUGUUGGUCGCCGGAACCGGAUACUGGCGGGGUGUCGUUGGCCUGACCCCUGCCCCACGCCCCUGCGAUAGGGGCUCGAGACCCGCGAGACGGGAGCGUCGCGGUAGUGGUCGAUUUGUCUUCAGGAGACGACGAAGAGGGAUCAUCGCCUGGAGGUCGAUCUUCAAGUCCGGAGAGCGAUUGGCCUCUCGUAGAGGUAUCGGAACGAGACAGCCUGAACCCCUGACACCACGCCCUGUGCGAGAAAAAUGGCGGCGUAAGGGCUGACCUCAAAGGGGACGCGACCAAACAGGAAGAGUGCGAAGUUCACAAGACGACCAUAGUGGAAAACGGCCACGUGUGCCAAAUUUUGAUGGACGACAAGUGCGAGAUCCAUGACAACGCCAUGUUCGACGGUGCCAACAUGGAAAGCUGAGGGUUGGAUGGGGAGGGAGCAGCUUUUGAGUUCUUGUAAUCAUUCCCGCGCGUUCCUUAUUUGAAAACGCACUUGUCGCGUGUUUUAUCCCAACAAAUGGAAACCAGUCAAUUAUAUAGGUAUAUGAAUGUACUAACGUGCGUGGAUAUAGUGUACCGACCCCUAAGAGUAAGUAGGAUCCUUAACUCUUUCCCAAUGAUGAAAUUAUAGGCAAUUGUGGUUAGACUAUACUCAUAUCAGCCUGCCUUUUCCUAAGCUGUGCCUGUGUCAACCGUUUCACGAGCCAUGGUCACCCAUGAAAACGUCUUUCUUCUCUGCAAUGUUAGAUUUCUUGUCGGCUCAUCGUCUCUUGUAAAUAUUUCUAUUAUUAAUUUUUAGAGACACCAGUCACAGUUGUUGUAAAUACGCUUAAAGACUGAUUUAAAUAAUAACUCGCACGCGAUGUCAGUGGGAUGCCGGGAGCAAUUAUUAAUUGUUUUCCCUAUAGUCGACCACUGACAGCGGUAAAAGACCUUGCUCUAAAGAAAUAAAAAAAAACUUAAAAUAUUUUUGGAUGGAUUUGACCGUGUCUGUCAACAGAAAACAAAUAAACGAUACACUUUAUCGUAGACAACUCUGAAGGAAAACUGUUAUGAAUACCGGCCUAAUAUAAUUUGAUUUUCAUCCCAUACACUAGUUUAGGCUAAACAAAGGUUUUUGUCUAAUUGGGCACAGAUCAGAAUUAGUAUUAUCCCGACGUCGUAGGCAUCCGUCAACGUAAAAUUGUGGUCUGUGGUAAAAAUAAGUUAAACGACGAUGUUGAUUUUUAUUGAGCCUCCUUCCGGAUGCUGCAUUUAAAUUCCCCUUGUGUGAUAUUAGUUUUAACCCUUAUGGUGCUUGUAUUGACUUAUAUUUGAUGUUAAAUAAAUUUCCCAAUUAUUGUAAACUAUUUAUAUAUAUAAAAUUAGGCGCGACAUCGUACUUUAAAGCAUGGCAUUGUAUAGGGAUCAAUAUUACACUAACGUUUAGUUUAGAGUGAUAUAAAAUGUCAGGUGUAACCAAACCCAAUGUAAUAUUAAUUGCAACGAUAUUUGUACCAAAAAUG